UAAGAGUGGUAUCUUCAAGAUGGCAGCCCCCAUGACUCUCAGAAUCUCUCCUGCAAUCACCAUGUAUAUUUUACAAUUUUGUCUUUUGAUUGCAUCUUUUGUUUCAAUAUGCAAUGGAAAUCGGAAGGUUGCUGAACCCAAGCUCCCCAUCCAUGAUCCAGAAGGGUUAUCAACUUACGUUCUUGUGAUCGAGCAUUCUUUUGAUCAAGGAAUGUCACCCAAGUUUGGGAGCAGAGGAACAUUAAGCUUCAAAUCUAACAGAGAGAGUCAAGGAAUGUUUGUACAGACAGCUGCACUGACUGCUGGAGAAAAAAGGAAAUUAAAGGAUUUAGCCAAACACGAUGGCAUCUAUAGGAUACGAGUGCCAACCAGUCUUGAGGCAAACCCUGAUGAUAGCUCACUACAGUUCGUCUCUACUUUCACAAGAGCGUGUGCACUUUUACAGUCUCGAUUAUCAGACAACAUCACCGUCAGCGUUGACCAAUCAGGAAAUGUUCUCGGGGUAUCACUAGUGCCAAUGUACGGGUCAUGUGACCGGGACUCCUCAAGCGAAUCAUUAUCAUCCUUAGAUUACUUCAAUACAAGUGUGUCGCUUUCAGUCACGACAGCUGGUCCAAGCCCUGAUACACAAGCAUAUGUGAGGAAAUUAGAAGAUGAACGAAUGAUGAAGGAGAAAGGAAAAGGACCAGAUAAUAGAUCGUUCUUGGCAAAAUAUUGGAUGUACAUUGUUCCGGUGGUUCUAUUUGUCUUGGUAUCAAGCGGAGGAGAACAGCAACAGAGAGGAUAAGGCAAGAUUAGCCUAAGAUUAGGAUUAAGAUUAGCCUGGGAUUUAUGCCAUUUGGUGCUAGGCAUCAUGCCUUGGCCUGAACAUGGGAAGUUACAUGUACGCCUUGCGCACACUACACGUUCUGAUAAGAUGCAAAUUUUAAACAAAUCGCAUUUCACAUUAACUGCAAAAAGUGCAGAGAGGUAAUAUUUAAAUGAAGUUUGGCAUAUUGCUAAGAAUACUAAAAUCAAGAUUCCACUUUGCUGCAAGACUUGUGGUCAGAAUAAAGUCCAAAUUGACUUCUAGGUCAUUAUGAUUUGGACUUGAAUUUGCACUUUUAUAAUAAUUAUAAUAGUUACAUUUACAGUGCUUAAUACUUUAAGUUUCUAAGAGUAAUAAAGUGUAAUUAUUCCUUCUGGGAUGCUUGAAAAGACUAGAAUUUCUUAUUUCAUUAUUCAUAGCAUUAUUUGGUCAAUAUUUACCGGUUCAAAUGUUUAUAUUGAAUACUACUACAAUUUUUGUUGAAAAUUGGAUCGCAACGAAUUGUGUAGUGUGCACCGGGCUCUAAUGUAAACCAUGAUCUGAUAUUAAGUUUCCACACUGCAAUCUACCAACUUGAUCAGUUAAACCUGUUUUAGACAUGGGUUCCACAACACAUAGCUUAGCAGUUAAUCAUACUAUUGAAUUUUAUGAGUGAUUAUGCAAUAUGGUCAUUGUGAUCAAUCAUAAAUUGUUCUAUGAUCAUUGCUAAGCUUUGUGUCAAUGACCCCUGUUGACCCCACUCUGCAUGGUCAUGGGGUCAGUAUGUCUUGUUGUUGUUGAUGAUGAUGAUGAUGAUGGUGAUGAUGAUACAUGUAAUGAUAAUGGUGAUGAUGAUGAUGAUGAUAAUGAUUGUAAUUAAAUAUUUGAGGCAUUGUUUAGUGUGUGGACACUUUGAAGUCCUUGAAUGAGCUUGGUGUCCACUUUUGUAUGACUAUGACAGGGAAAGGCAUUUCUUCCCCGAGAUAUUACAGGAGCCUAAAAGAGAUGGUUGUCUUGUCCCCCGCUCCACUAAAUUGAAAAAAAAUCUCCCGAAAUUCCCUCCUAUGGUAAAAAUUACAGUGCUAAUAUUGGUGUUUUAAGAAUGGUCUAGUUGCAUGCAAAAUUAUUUCAACCCCCUUUUAUUCUACAAUAAAAUAUAAUUUUUGUGUAAUAUUUGCAGUUUUGGAUGGACUAUGAAUCAGUUAGUUUUCACCAGUAUUCAAUUGUAAUGUAUGAACUUCUAAGUCACUGGAGUCACUUAGUAAUAUAUUCAUUUUCACAAAUAUUGUCAAAAUAUGAGGGGCAACGGGAGUUAAUAAAUGUGCUUGCAU